AUGUAUCAGGUUUUAUGUGAAACAAAGGAUACUGACAAAAUGGAGUAUCGCUUUCAUUGGUUUAUUGAUUGUUCUGAAACUUAUAUUCAUAAUCAUCGAUAUAGUUUUCAAACAUACUGUUUAGAUGGCGAAUAUGAAGAAAAAGUUUGGGAAUUACAAGAUGAUCAUAAUGGUGGAAGUACAUAUAAAUUUCCAAGAAUAUCAUGCAAUAAAUUCGGUCAGCCUUUUCAGAUACCAGGUGUUUUAUCAUGCGUGAAAACAAACCAUCAUUUUCCGGGUAAUAUAUUACAUGUUGAUCCAACACAAUAUCAUUCGAUCUCUGCGAAAUCUCAAACAAAUACAGAAGCAUUAACUUUUGUUGCUAGAAGAAGAUGUUCAACGGCUGAAAAAACGACAUAUGUGCUGAAUUCGUCAGAUAUUGUUGAAGCAGUAAUCGAUGAAAUUCAACCAGCAACAUCUGAAGAACGUGAAUGUUUUUAUCGUAAACUCAAAGAAUUCUCUCUCAAUUUAAAUUGA